AUGACCAGCAGCGGCAGGGAGAUAACUCCUGGGUGAUAGUACCUGACAGCGCAGAUGGUGAAGAUGGAGACGCUGCUGGAGCAGAAAUGAAUACGCAGGGAGCCGAGCAAACAGCAGAACUCUCAUGCCAAGAACGGAGAACUUCAGAACUGAACCAAGACGAAGCACAUCCGCUGAGUUCAGGAUGGAAAUCGGGACCUGGAUCCCAGCUGCAGUCCCAUGCUGCUGGAGUAACAGAUAAGCUCGUGCUGUCGCUGGGACAAGAGACCAGAAUUAAACAGUUCUCUGGGCACCAGCCGGAGUCACCAAGGAAGACGGAAAUAGACCACCUUACAGGCUCUGCUUCCCAGCCAAAGGCGGUGAAAAGGCAGGGUUGUAAACGUUUGGAUCAGUCACAGGUAGCCCAUAAAUCACAGAUCCAGGUCCCUGGCAGCGCAGUGAGAGAGGAGCCUGUGGAGCUGAACGUGAGUCCCUACACAGCAGAUCGUGAGGGAAACAAAGAGGCCUCGGCAUCGGAGGAGAGCAUUUUAUUGGAGACUCCAUAUUUUCCAAACAAGAGAUGCGCAAUGGAGGACACGAUGACUGUGGAGUUUGUUGUCGUAUGGUCUAAAAAUUUUGUGUUUGAGGAACGGUUCGGCAAGAUUGUUGUUGCAGCCUACAAUAGUCCCAGGAGAUACCAAGAAAUUGCUAGGAUGAAUAAAAGGUUUGAGAAUAACUGUGGGUUCCUUGUCGUAGGCCAAGCAACAAUUCCUGUUUUGGAUCUACAAAGCAGACAACCCAUCUAUUAUAAAUAUGGGGUUAUUGACAUCUUCAGUGGUACAAGAGCAAUUCAAUUAGAACAUAUUUAUAAAACAGCCCACAAAAAUGAAAAGGCUGAGUUCCACCGAGUUCUAGCUGUGCCCGAAUCGGCCAUCAAAGCAGGAGGAGUGUGGACCCAAUUUGAUGAUAUCUGUCAGUCCCGGUCUGGCUCUGUAUCGAUAGGAAAGUCCAAAAAGACUGCUAGUGAGUCUAUCCUGCAGUUCCUGGAAGAUGAGCUUCUCAAAGACCUUUCUCCUGGGAAGGAUCUUGGUGAUGUGGAAAGAAAGCUUGACUGCUACAAGGAGUGCUUCAAAACCAGCAGCAUCGGGGAUGCAGAGCAAAAAAUAAGUGAUCUCAAAACUGACAUUGAUGAGUUAAAGGUGUAUGAUUACAUCCGCAAAUUCAUUGAAAAUGUACUCGGAAACCCCAGAUUUCGGCAUCCUAUUUCAGCGAUGGAUGUUCUCCUCUUUGUGUUAUGCACAGUAGUUCACCACAAUAUCUAUAUAAGUGCAGAGGCCAUGAGCAAGAUUGAAAAAAUGGCCCAAAAUGUUGAUUCACAGAAAGACACAUUCAUGAACCUGAAAGAACCAAGAAAAAGGAAGUGUAUUUCAGCUCUGAAGCAUGUUUGCAUCCAAAGCUCCAAAGACUCUAAGAGCACAUGUUGGAUCUGGCUGCUUCCUUUGCUGUAUGCAGUUCAAAGGGACCCAUCUGAAAAGGCAGAGGACCCAUUAACUUCACAAGACACGUGGUCGCUGCCUUUUGCUCAGCUGAGGCGGGAAGAAGAGAAGCAAAUGAAAGUUCUCGCGAUGAUAAACGCCCAUCAGACCUUCAUCGGGAGCUGCGCUCCUCUGGCAGAGAAGGUCAUUGAGAUGCUUGCCCUGAAGAAUUUUUGUCGGGAGCCUGUUCCUCACAUUCAUGUGCCGCUGCAGCUUCUCUUGAACAACGUCUACCAGCGGAUCACCAGUCGCCUAGCAGAGGGUCACGGAAUAAAUUCGUUUCAGGAAAGUGAUGUCAAUGUAGUUUUGAAGGACAUUGCCAGAAGGACAAAGGCUUGGCUUGGUACCAGACAUCAGACAGGAAAUGCAGAGGAUGUUUUGCAGCCAAAGAAGUUGGAGGAUGUUCUGCAGUGCCUUAAUCUAAUACUAGCUUUGGUCACAAUUUUCUUGAAACACCCACAGAAAAUACCAUUCAGCCCCGUGAUGACAUCACUGCAGAUUUGGGAAUUGUUCUCUGAAACAGAAGAUUUACUGCAAACCAAAAGGGAUUUUCGGGUCCUUAAGCAGACCCAGGGGCUCAAGGAAUUUAUGAAUGUAGCAGAAUCAUGGAUCCAGGAGUUAUUCCCCAAAUCGUCUGAACAGGAAAAAGUCUUUUUUCAUUAUAUUGACAUGUGGGAUCAGCUCAUUUCCGCUGGACUGUUCUGUGAUGAGUGGACCCGGGACUGGCGAAAACAUAUUAAAUCUUUGUUUGCAGAGUGGCUAAAAAGGGUGAGUUGACUAAUUGACAAUCAGAAAGAUGGUCUUUCCCUCACAGAACUUAAACGGAGAUACAGACAGAUGGGGAAGACAGCAGUGGGAUGAUUAUUAUUGGAAGAAUAAACAACAGUAGCUGCGUACCAUGGGGGACCAUCACAGCAUCACCUGUUUUUAAGGAGAGAUUUAGAGGGAGGUGGAGUAUGAGAGACAGAGUAGGGACCAGCUGUGAAGGUCCUGGAAAGUAGAGUUGGGGAACAUUUUUGGACAAAAUUUUUUUUGCUGAAAAAAGCAAAUU